AACUUUACACUUGGUAAAAGAACAUGUCUUUACUGCUCUAGAGUCCUGUGGCGGUGUGCUUUACACCGCUGCAACCAACAUUUUGGUGAUGUAAGGCUUGGAUGCAGCUACUCGGCCAUGGAAACCCAUUCCAUGAAGCUCUCUACACACUGUUGUUGUGCUAAUCUGAGGGCGACACGAAGUUUGGAUGUCUUUAGCUAUUGACUCUGCAGACAGUUGGUGACUUCUGCGCACUUCAGCUUGCACUGACCCCGCUCUGUCAUUUUACGUGGUCUACCACUUCAUGGCUGAGUUGCUGUUGUUCCCAGUUGUUUCCACUUUGUUAUAAUACCACUAGCAGCUGACUGUGGAAUAUUUAGUAGCAAGGAAAUUUCACAGAUGGACUUAUUGCACAGGUGACAACCUAUCACGGUACCACGCUUGAAUUCACUGAGCUCCUGAGAGCGACCCAUUCUUUCACAAAUGUUUAUAGAAGCAGUCCGCAUGCCUAGGUGCUUGAU